CGGGACAGACUGACCGCGGAGCGGACAGACCGACAGGCACGGGCGGAGCGCGAUGGCCGCGCCUGCAGAGUCCUGUGUGGGACAGGGGGUCUGGAACUGGACAGAGCCUGAGCCCAUUGGCGCCCAUCUACUGAACGUGUGCUUCCUGAAAACAGCAGGGAUCUGGGUGCCCCCGAUGUACCUCUGGGUCCUUGGCCCCAUCUACCUCCUCUACAUCCAUCGCCAUGGCAACGGCUACCUCCGGAUGUCCCUCCUCUUCAAGGCCAAAAUGGUGCUCGGACUCGCCCUCCUGCUCCUGUGCACCGCCGGCGUGUCGGUGGCUCUCUGGAGAGUCCGGCGCGGGACCCCCCAGGCCCCGGAGCUCCUCAUUCAUCCCACCGUGUGGAUGGCCACGAUGACCUUCGCCAUGUUCCUGGUCCACACAGAGAGGAAGAAGGGGGUCCGGGCAUCGGGGCUGCUGUUUGGAUACUGGCUGCUCUGCUUUCUCCUGCCGGUGACCAGUGCCGCCCAGCUGGCCUCACAAGGUGGCUUCCUGAGUGACCCCUUCUACCACCUGUCGACCUACCUGUGCUUGUCUCUGGUGCUGGCACAGUUUGUGCUGUCCUGCCUCGUGGAUCAACCCCCCUUCUUCCCUAAAGACCCCCCGUCGACUAAUCCGUGUCCAGAGGCUGCAGCUUCCUUCCCCUCCAAGGCCAUGUUCUGGUGGGUUUCUGGGCUGGUCUGGAGGGGCUACAGGAGGCCUUUGGGGCCAAAAGACCUCUGGUCACUUGGGCAAGAAAACUCCUCGGAAGCACUUGUUUCCCAGCUCGAGAGGGAAUGGACACGGAACCGCCAUGCGGCCCAGCGGCACAUCAAGGCAAGAGCGGCUGAAAGGAAAGACAGGCAUGGCGGGGAGGCCCCGGAGAUGGAGGGCCUCCUGCAGCAGGAAGGGAGCCAGAGGGGCCCGCUGCUGAGGGCCAUGUGGCAGAUGUUCCGUUCCUCCUUCCUCCUGGCGAGCCUCAGCAUUGUCAUCUGUGAUGUCUUCAGGUUUGCUGUCCCCAAACUCCUCAGCCUCUUUCUGGAGUUCAUCGGUAACCCCACGGCCCCGGCCUGGAAGGGGUAUUUCCUCGCGGUGCUGAUGUUCCUCUCUGCCUUCCUGCAAUCGGUCUGGGAGCAGCAGCACAUGUACAGACUCAAGGUGCUGCAGAUGCGGCUGCGAACAGCCAUCACUGGCCUGGUGUACAGAAAGAUCCUGGUCCUGUCCAGCGCCUCCAGAAAAGCCACCGCAGUGGGCGAUGUGGUCAACCUGGUGUCCGUGGACGUGCAGCGGCUGACCGAGAGCGUCAUCUACCUCAACGGGCUGUGGGUGCCGGUCAUCUGGAUCGUCAUCUGCUUUGUCUACCUCUGGCAGCUUUUGGGACCCUCUGCCCUCACUGCCGUCGCUGUCUUCCUGAGCCUCCUCCCUCUGAAUUUCUUCAUCACCAAGAAGAGGAAGCAGCAUCAGGAGGAGCACAUGAGGCACAAAGACUCUCGGGCCCGGCUCACCAGCUGCCUCAUCAGGAACAUGAAGAUGGUCAAGUCGCACGGCUGGGAGGAGGCCUUUCUAGAAAGAGUGCUGCACAUCCGGGGCCGGGAGCUGAGUGCCCUGAGGGCCUCCAGCCUCCUCUUCUCUGUGUCUCUGGUGUCCUUCCAAGCGUCCACGUUUCUGGUCGCGCUGGUGGUGUUUGCGGUCCAUACGCUGGUGGCCGAGGACAAUGCCAUGGACGCUGAGAAAGCUUUUGUGACCCUCAUGAUUCUCAAUAUCCUCAACAAGGCUCAGGGCUUCCUGCCCUUCUCCAUCGACUCUGUGGUGCGGGCCCGCGUGUCCUUGGACCGUCUGGCCGCCUUCCUCUGUCUGGAAGAAGUUGUCCCUGGGGCUGUGGACUCAAGUUCCUCCAGAUGCUCUGCCGGGGACGCCUGCAUCAGCGUGCACGAUGGCACCUUUGUGUGGUCCCGAGGGGGCACCGCCUGCCUGCACAGGAUAAACCUCACUGUGCCCCAGGGUUGUCUGCUGGCCGUGGUUGGUGCCGUGGGGGCAGGGAAGUCCUCUCUGCUCUCCGCCCUCCUUGGGGAGCUGUCAAAGGUGGAGGGAUCGGUGACCAUCAAGGGUUCCGUGGCUUACGUGCCCCAGGAGGCCUGGGUCCAGAACACAUCCGUGGUAGAGAAUGUGUGCUUCAGGCAGGAGCUGGACCCUGUGUGGCUGGAGACGGUCCUGCAGGCGUGUGCCCUGCGGCCAGACGUGUGCAGCUUCCCUGCAGGGAUCCACACCAAAAUCGGGGACAGUUCCUUCUCACUCAUGGGUCUGCAGUUAAACUCCAUCUCCAGGUCACUGGCCAGGUUCAGGGGAGCCCUGUGCCUUCUUGUUUCAGGACACAGGGUACAGGAGCCCCUCUAUUUCUCUUCUGGGACUGGCCAAGCACACCGGCAUAAUUUCUGCCCCCUCUUUGCCCAGACUCGGAUUCUCGUGACCCACGCACUCCAUGUCCUGCCCCAGGCUGACUGGAUCGUGGUGCUGGAAGACGGAGCCAUUACAGAAAUGGGCUCCUUCCAGGAGCUUCUACACAGGAAGGGGGCCCUGGUGGGCCUUCUGGACGCAGUCAGAAGGCCAGAAGAUAGAGGAGAUGGAGAAACAGAACUCACGACUGAUGCCCAGGGCCCCAGAGGCCCUGCCGGUAGCGGGAGGCCUGUGAGUGGACUGGAGAGGUCCGUGACGUUGGUCUCUGAGAAGGACAGCGUCACUUCAAAGGCCCAGCCGGGGGCUCCCCUGGAUGAUCCCUCAUGGGCAGGCUGGCCGACAGGAGAGGACGACGUCCAGUAUGGCAGGGUGAAGGCCAGCAUGCACCUGACCUACCUACGGGCCGUAGGCACCCCGCUGUGCCUCUACGCACUCUUCCUCUGCCUCUGCCAGCAAGUGGCCUCCUUCUGCCGCGGCUACUGGCUGAGCCUGUGGGCAGACGACCCCACGGUGGACGGGCGACAGACCCAGGCGGCUCUGCGGAGCUGGAUCUUCGGGCUCCUGGGCUGCCUCCAAGCCGUUGGGCUGUUUGCCUCCAUGGCCAUGGUGCUCCUGGCAGGAAUCCGGGCAUCCAGCCUGCUUUUCCGGAGGCUCCUGUGGGAUGUGGCUCGGUGUCCCAUUGGCUUUUUUGAGCGGACACCCAUCGGGAACUUGCUGAAUCGCUUCUCUAAGGAGACGGACACAGUGGAUGUGGACACCCCAGACAAACUCCGGUCCUUGCUGGUUUAUGUCUUUGGACUCCUGGAGGUCGUCCUGGUGGUGACGGUGGCCACCCCGCUGGCUGUUGUCGCCAUCCUGCCACUGCUGGUCCUCUAUGCUGGGUUUCAGAGCCUGUACGUGGCCAGCUUAUGCCAGCUCAGACGCCUCGAGUCAGCCAGGCACUCAUCUGUGUGUUCCCAUGUGGCCGAGACGUUCCAGGGCAUUGCGGUGGUCAGAGCCUUCCAGGCCCAGCGUCCCUUUGUGGCUCAGAGUGACAUGCACGUGGAUGAAACCCAGAGAGUCAGUUUCCCACGGCUGGUGGCUGACAGGUGGCUGGCUACCAACCUGGAGCUCGUGGGGAACAUGCUGGUGCUGGCGGCCGCCAUGUGUGCUGUGCUGAGCAAGGCCCACCUUAGCGCCGGCCUCGUGGGCUUCUCUGUUUCCGCCGCCCUCCAGGUGACCCAGACACUGCAGUGGGCCGUGCGCAGCUGGACAGACCUGGAGAGCAGCAUCGUGUCGGUAGAGCGGAUGAAGGACUAUGGCCGGACACCCAAGGAGGCCCCCUGGAAGCUACCCUCCUGCGCAGACCGGUCCCCCUGGCCUCAAGGCGGGCAGAUCGAGUUCCGGGACUUUGGGCUGAGCUAUGGACCUGAGCUCCCGCUGGCCGUUCAGGGUGUGUCCUUCAAGAUCCACGCUGGAGAGAAGGUGGGCAUCGUUGGCAGGACGGGGGCAGGGAAGUCCUCCCUGGCCGGGGGCCUCCUGCGGCUCCAGGAAGCGGCUGAGGGCGGGAUUUGGAUCGAUGGGGUCCCCAUCACCCACGUGGGGCUGCACACACUGCGGUCCCGGAUCACCAUCAUCCCCCAGGACCCCAGCCUGUUCCCCGGCUCUCUCCGGAUGAACCUCGACAUGCUGCAGGAGCACACGGACCAAGCCAUCUGGGAAGCCCUGGAGACCGUGCAGCUCAGAGCCCUGGUGGCCAGCCUGCCCGGCCAGCUGCAACAGGAGUGUGCCGACCCGGGUUACAGCCUGAGCGUGGGCCAGAAGCAGCUCCUGUGUCUGGCGCGUGCCCUUCUCCGGAAAACCCGGAUCCUCAUCCUGGACGAGGCCACAGCCGCUGUGGACCCGGGGACGGAGGUCCAGAUGCAGGCCGCCCUCAGGAGCUGGUUUGCCCAGUGCACAGUGCUGGUCAUUGCCCACCGCCUGCACUCUGUGAUGGACUGCUCCAGGGUGCUCGUCAUGGACAAUGGCCAGGUGGCAGAGAGUGGCAGCCCGGCCCAGCUGCUGGCCCAGAAGGGCCUGUUUUACAGGCUGGCACAGGAGUCAGGCCUAGUCUGAGCCUUCCACCCCUGCCUCACCAACCCCGAGAGCCUGUUUCGCCCUGGAGGAGCAAGUGACCUGGGGGGGGAUGUCUGUCAGUGCACCUCCGCGUCAGAUAUGCACCCCUCCUAUGUCUGGGAGGAAAACAGCAGAGAAAGUAGCUGCUCGUCACAGACCUAGGAGGACACUGUGACACCCAGGUUGGCCUGAUGAGGACCCGGCCAGCCCCGCCCACCCUGGAGCUCAAGUUGACAGCGGCUCCCCAUGCUGGCUGCCCACUGGCCCCACCUGAGGACCUCUAAGCCCGCACGUGCCCCGGGUUGGCCCCAGACCCGACCUCAGCAUCCCCGGGACUGAAGGGCUGGGACAGCGCAUGUGUGCCUUUUACAAACUACCCCCCUAAUUUCAAGAUGGCUGUACAGUGAUGAGCAAUUACAAGAAUCCAGAAAGUU